GCUUCCCAGAGUAACGUUACAGAUAGGUAGUUACCGCGACUACCAGCAGAAAGUAGGUUAGAUUACAACGCCAACACACUCGCCAUCCAUCGCGCUUAUCGUUUGAUAAACUGAUAACGCCAACAACAUAGCACAUGAAUCAUUUUCUUGAAAACAUUCUACCUACUUAUCUUCAAAAUCAUCAAAAGUAUAGACGCGCCUUUCUUGUUUUAAACAAAUCGCCGAGAUAGGUUCGCCGAUAACCCGGCUGGAUGAUAAAUGCUGAAUGUUUAAUUCGUGGUGUGACUAGUGAGUUUGUGCCCGUGAGUCGCUGGCUGCGCCUGCGUUGUGCGUUGCAUCACUCGCGGGUUGGGUUGCCGAGCGCCGCGCGCGCGACGUACACAACACUGUGCGAACCGGGCUCUUUGUUUUGAGACGAGUUUCGAGCAAAAUUCCUCACAAUAACAUGUGAAACAGCCACAAUGGCCCUCUCAACUAAUUGUUGGAAGUACCUCGUCCUUACCUUCAACGUCUUAUUCGCAAUGUCAGCAGUGGUACUGUUUGGGCUGAGCGGGUUCCUGAUAUACAGACUGUUCAUCUAUCGUCAUUUCCUCGGAGUGGGGGUACAGUACCCUGCUGUACUGCUGCUUAUGAUGGCAAUUAUCACAUGCUCCGUUGCCUGGAUUGGAUGGAGGACCGCCAAGUCCAUGCACCAGAUACAUGUUAUAGUGACCGGCGUCCUGAUAGCGCUGGUGGUGGUGAUAGAGUUCGCAGUGUUCGUGUGGGCUAUGGUGGAGUGGGACAACAUCGAGAUUGACGUCAAGACCACAAUGACGUCGUACUUCAUGGAAACCAACGUCAAUAAGCAGCCUAAUUCUGCUGAUGCUGUCAGAUGGGACAGGCUGCAUGUUAGAUUCGAAUGCUGCGGCGUGACCGGCCCGAGCGAUUACAGCUCAUCAGGCCACAUGCCGUUCUCAUGCUGCGGCCAGGGUCCAUUGGACUCCCUGCACAAACCGUACACUGCUGACUGCGCCACGCUGUAUCAGCGAGGCUGUGCUAACCAGCUGCAUCAGUACGCUCGCCAACAGCUGCUAUGGGUGGCCUUGACUGCCCUCGCUGCUUCCAUGCUGCAGAGCACGGGUAUCUUCUGCACUUUCUUCCUGUCGCACGCCAUCAAGGAGAAGCGACGAGCGUCCGUCCGUUCUACCCUCAGGGAGUCCACCUUCGCAGCACCAGACGACUCCCUGCUGGCCGCCCCAACGGCCCCCGCCCCCACCCUGCCCAAGUAUUAGUAGAUUUAGUUAGGAGCCAUAAGUAAAGAAAAAUUUAAAGUAUGAUUGAAAGAAAGACAUAAUUUCUUAGUCUUCGACAAAGAUGGUCAAGAUACCAGACAAGUGUGGUAUCGCAACCAAUGAUGAGCCGUUCACGGGAAUGUUCCCAGAGCGGGAAUAUUCCUGUUGUAAAAACUCUUUUAUAGUAAGGACACUGGGUACUUUUCUUAUUCAAAUUGUUCUUUGUUCGACAGUCAUGAGCAAUGUACCCACUUUAGGACUCUGUCGCACUAACAUAUUUGACAUUUAGUGAGACUUACAGUUCAAUUUGUCAAAAAAGUUAAUGUGACAUGGUCCCAAAGUGUAUACAUAUUAAUGCUCGUUACCGUACAGUCAUGAGAAAUAUCAUGUACCCAGUUUAGAACCCUGUCACACUAUCAUAUUUGACGUUUAAUGAGACUUACGGUUUAAUUUGUCAAAAAAGUUAAUGUGACAUGGUCCCAAAGUGUUUACAUAUUAGUACUCGUAACCGUACUCUGCCUAAAGAUUAGGUUUUUUUUUACAUAACUUUUGGGUCUUUUUACUGCCGGGAAUAUUCCCAAAGUAGAAAUGUUCCCGGGAAAGACACAUCACUGAUCGUAAUGCGGAUAUGUUGUCGCCCAAUGAUUAACUUUUCGAACGCCGGAACGCAGAUCUCAACCAGACACAAUGUAAAGUCUAUUGUGUCUGGAAUCUCGGCAGAUGAGAGUUUAAGGCUAGCAACACCAAAAUUAUAAAGUCUAGAUAAGUACGUAAAGACGAACACGAAAUCUGACUGAAAUUAUACGUACUUAUAACGUAUUGUAAGUCGUUUGGGCCUAAUUUUAGAAUUAGUUCCGAAAGUGCCUUUGGAAUUUCAAGACUUUUUAAGUACCUAGUACACGAAAAAUGUGAAAUACAUUAAAAUAAUGAGUUUACCACAUAUUAGUUCCUGUACUGCAGAGAACAUACUUUAAUUUAAACCUGGCCCAUUUUCCAAGAGCGAUACAGUUGCCAAAAUAGGACCUAGCUACUUACUAAUGUAUAAUAGUCUGAAUCUUUUAUAUUGAACGUUUUUCAAAAAAAAAAUUAAAUUUAGAACUUUUUAUAUUUCAAAAUAAAAAUUGGGUACAUUUUAAGGUUACAUGCUGAAUCUUAAAAGUAUAAAGAUUAUUUGCAUGCAACAUAAUACUGUUGAGUUCGUUUCACUCAGUUAUCUAAUGAGUGUAGGUAUUUAUCUACUGUAAAGUGGCGCCUGAGUAGGUUUUUUAUAUAGUUGUCAUUUUUGACCGUUAUUUUAUUGAUACUGAUACCUGUACCUUUAAAUGAAAAAUAUUUGAGAAGUUUUAUAAGAAUUAAUGCCGCGUUGAUGCCUAGUUUGAUGCAUACAGAGCCAGGAAAGAGUUGCAGUUUCAUCAUAGAAUAAAAAACAAUACUGCGUAUAGAACGGUAACUCCAUCCCGUGCCAAUUCCAAUUCAAAUUCAAACAUAUCUUUAUUUAGUAGGUAACAUAGUUACACUUUGAAUCGUCAUUUUUUCAUGUCUCGUCCGCCUAAAACUACUACAGCUUCUCACCUGUAUAGCCGGAGAAAAGAAGCUGCAAGAAAAACCUCGGCAAAGGGCCCUAGAUAUAACAUAACAUAAAUAGCCUAUAUACGUCCCACUGCUGGGCACAGGCCUCCUCUCAAUCAACCGGAGAGGGUAUGGAGCAUACUCCACCACGCUGCUCCACUGCGGGUUGGUGGAGGUGUUUUUACGGCUAAUAGCCGGGAUCAACGGCUUAACGUGCCCUCCGAAGCACGGAAUCAACUUACUUUUUCGGACAAUCAGGUGAUUCAAGCCUGAAAAGUCCUUACCAAACAAAGGACAGUCUCACAAAGUGAUUUCGACAAUGUCCCCAUCGGGAAUCGAACCCGAUAACCCGAGAUACCCGAACCCGAGAUAUUCUUUAAAAAAAAAAAUAUCGGGCCCCGAGUUAGAUUUACCUCACCGCCGUGGGUCUUACUUUAGUCUAAAUGCCCGUAAGCCGUUAUGGAGUAAGGGGGAGCGGGGACUGCCUGUCUCGCUCACACUUACGCGGUAAGGUGGCAGACGGUAAGAAUAAGCAUGAGAUUUUUGUAUGAAGUGUCCGGUGUGGCAUCGUGCAAAAUCCCGCGCCCCCUCAUCCCGUUUUCCCAGCUGUCUGUCCAGCAAGCAUUAAUCAUGGUUUUUUUUCAACUUGCCAAGACUUUCUAAUAGCAGAUAAAGACAUUUAAACCCCUAUAAACGUACGAGAUCGUUUCAAUAACAGUGCACAAGCCAGCUCCGUUACACUCAGUGCUUUUGAUUGCACGUUAUCAAGUUUUCCCACAAUACAAUUAUGCGAGGGUUUUUCUAAGACCAAUGAUGAAUCAUGAAGACAUGAGGCAAGAACAAGUUGUUAAUGAUUCAGGUUUUUGUUUGAACUGACGUUGUUGGCGUCAUGUAGUGAUAAUGAGUAGGUAUGUAGUGACCAAUAGUGUUGAGUUUUUCGUCAUUUUAAUUAUUCGCCGUAAACUCACGCGCAUGAGCCACAGUUCGAAAUCUAAAUUAUAAAUAUCGUAAAUAUCUGCGGUGUUAAAAAGGUCACAUUGUAGUAAUCUAUUUUUUAUUUUAUUUUUAACUUGUUUAUCCUCUUUGGGAAAGGCAAAGGCAAAACCGUGCAGCCAUCAACAUCUAAAAACCAAUAUUACUAUUUGAUAUUUGUUGAGAUUGCGCACUUACUUUUAUAUGUAUCUACUAAUCCGCAAAAGUCAAAUUACAAUAUUGCGUUUUUAGAUUAAUUAUUUGGCGUUCAUCGUCUGAAUAAUGAUUUAAUAUUUAAUUAAUUUACGUAUUUCCUCGCUUCUUUACUAGAGCAUUUUUUUAAUUUCUUUAUUUUAAUUUUAUACUUAUGUUGCAUUUUUAUUAUUGGUACUUAGUUGUCACAAAACCGCAAACUAUUUAAAUCUAGAAUUUAAUUAGGUAAUUUAUAAGUAAUUUAGUUUUAAAAAAUAGGUUGUGUUGGAGUGAUUGUUACAAUUUGUGUUGUGAUUUUGUAUUAAGAUGUGAAACCUAUAUUUUAUAGCGAAUAUUUAAAUGCAAGUAGCUAUUUUUAAACUUUUUUACCAAUAAAGACCCCUUUUCAUAAAU